AUGUCAGAAGAGAAGAGAAAUCGGAACAUAAUGCUUUGUAAAAAGAGUCGACAAGAAUGUUUGAUUAAGGCAAACUGGCAGUUGGCCGCGAGGACUACGUCGUCGUCUUCUGGGUGGAGCAACUUUCCAAUCUCAUCAUCGCACAUACCAUCAGUCAAAAUAGAAAUGAAAAUGGAAAUCGAAAUCGAAAUAGAAAUGGAAAUUGAAAUGAGAGCAAAACUUCCUACUUCAUAUCUUCCUCUUCCACCCUCCAUCCCACUUUUUCACCUCCUCCACCUCUCCUGCCUCCGGGCCACCUCCAGCCUCGACUACAAGACCGGCCACCAGAGCCUGCUGAAUGGCAGCGGCCCGUUUGCCGGCUUCAGUUCUGGUCUGGGCAUCCCCGGGCCCGGUUACUAUGGCGAGCCUGGAGCCGGCGGCUUGCCCGGCGUCUGCUCCACUCCUUUGUAUCCGGGCCUCGUGAGCUGCGGCCUCGUGGAGACCGGCAGUUCGCCUGCCUCCACACAUGCCAACAGUCUGCAACCGGCCGGCAACAACCUGCAGACCUACACUUCGAGCCUUGACCACCCGCACCACCGUCGCAACAAUCACCAUCACCACCAACAUCAAAUGGGCGCCGGGCUCUUCGGCGAAGCCGUCGCCUCCAGUUUGUCCAGCGUGGCUCGAACCCACGGAACGUGUAGCUUCGCCAGCCAAAGCGGAGCCACCAGGUCGACCGCGGCUGACGGCCUUUCCACCCCCACCCUGGCAACAGCCCCAACAUGUACCGGUGCUGGUGGUGCAUGUGUUGGUGGUGGCGACAAUGACGGCCUCUUCCACUCGGAGCACACUCAUCUUCAAUAUCAACAGCAUCACCAAUUGGCCGGCCUCGUUCCGGGGCUGGGCGAUCUGCCGUUGUCGUUGGGGCUGGGACUGGGCCCGGCACACUCGCCCUCGUGUCCGUCGUCGGCGUUCGGCAGCGCCUCGGCCGCAUGUCCCGCCACCCCCGGCGACGACGAGGCCGACAGUCUGUUGGCACCCACCGGCUCCGUGUGCACCUCGACCGGUGGUUGUCCGGCCGCCGGGCGGCACCAAUGGCCGACUGGCCAGACGUCCGGUUGUCCCGGUUGCCAGUCGGCCUGUCAGCGCCGGACGACGGCGGCCGGUUCGAGUCCAAUUCGGUACUUCGCGCAGGCGACGCAAUCGCCGUCGGCCGUCGUCUAUGCCUCGCAACCGGGCCCCACGAGUCACCAGUCUUCGUCGACCGGCACCGGCCUCCUCGACUCCGGACACGGACAUGGAUACGGACAUGGACACAGACACGGACACGGACAC